GAUUGGUGUUGUGCACCUGCUGUGCGGAGUUCGCCGGCGUGGGUGGCGGGUAAGAAGUUAUGGAGAGAAUAAUACGCGGUGGUGGUGAUACCCCGUUGGGGUUUCGGGCCGUCGUGGAGGAGGAGGAGGCGGCGGUGUCAGCGUCGGGGAGGGCAAUGCAGCGGCGGCGGCGGCGGCGGUGGGGGGAGGAAGCCGACGAUGGCUACUCGGCGAGCUCGACUGGCGGCGGCGGGAGCAGCGGCUGCGGCUCCUUCGGUUGUGACUCGCCUUUGGCCGGGUUCGUGCGCGCUGAUGGCGACCCGGACACAGAUCUGGAAACAGAUGGGGUGGCCACUCCAUCCUCCAAUGCCUCUGCAGCCUUCGCCGAGCCACACGACGACGAGGAGGGGGACGAGGUGCUGUGUGGGGUGGAAGGGGACUGGGCGCGGCUGCAAGAGCCAACCAAGAAUCCGGCAGACAGUGCCACCGGAGAAUGCCUGUACCAGCGGUGUCGGUCAGAAGCUGUUAUUUUGCAGGGUAAGAAGGGGUUGAAGCAGCGGCCAGCCUCUCUCGACUUUGGCAGCGGCAGCCCCGGCUUCAAUGGAACCCCUCUUUCUCCAGGCUUUGUGGUUGGGGGUGUGGGUUUGAUGAACAAGGGUCUUGUGUCAUCAUCAUUCAUUAGAUCAGACGUUUUUCCGAGUCCCAGGACACCAAACUUUCGGCGGCAUCGUUCAUCAGUAUUUGGUCACCAGAAAGGGUGGAGCUCUGAAAGAGUGCCCCUUCCUUCAAAAGGUAACAGGAAAUACCCAGGCAGUAGUAGCAUGGCAUUCCCCUUCAGCAACGGGAGGACAUUGCCCUCCAAAUGGGAAGAUGCAGAGAGAUGGAUCUUCAGUCCGAAUUGCGGUGAUGUGCUUGAUAAGACUUCAUUCGCUCCUGCUCGGCGACCAAAGUCCAAAAGUGGUCCAUUAGGACCUCCUGGAAAAUUUGGUGGUGGACAAUACUCAUCUGCGUCAUUGCUUGAUAAUGGGAGAGUUGGACAUUUGACAACUAACUCGCCUUUCUUGGCUGGAGUACUGAUACCAGAACAACAUUAUUGUGGGGAGAAGGAUAGCGGUGGGAGGUAUAUGAGCAGAGCAGCUGGUGAAGAGGUCAGCAUUGGCACUGGAGGCAAGUUGUUACUAGCAAAUGGUGGGUCUCAUGCUACUCAAUCUAAUAGAGUUUGCCGACAACUGGAUACUGCAAUUGAGUCAUCACAUUCAUUGCCUACCACCCAAGAGUCUGUACAAGAUGAACAGGUUGGAAUCACAGAAGAUUCAGCCUCCAUUAUCACCCCUAUAAUUUUACGAAAGGAUGCUGCAACUCAAACGAGCCCAAAUCUUAGCAGGUCAUCUUCGCCUAGUGUCAGUACUCCAUUCAUCCAUUUGCUAACGACACACCAAGUCAGAGAGAAGGAGACCUGUUUCUCUGACGUUAUCAGGGAUGUGCAUAUGGACGACAGAGUGACUCUUACCAGAUGGUCCAAGAAACAUGUUACAAGAGCAUCUAGCAAGAAUUCAACAAAUGUUAUAGAGGUGAAGAAAAAGACGGUGGAAUCUAAGUCUUCUUCCUGGGAAUUAACAGACUCAAAAUCCAUAUCAAAGGUUGAGAAGGAGCAAGAAAAAAUUGCUGCUUGGGAACACCUUCAAAAAGCCAAGUCUGAGGCAGCAAUUCAAAAGUUAGUGAUGAAAAUUGAGAAAAAGAGGUCAUCUUCACUGGACAAGAUUUGGAACACCCUCAGGUCUGCACAAAGAAGAGCACAGGUAAUGCGUGAAACUUCAGCAACAAACCAGGAUGAGCAAUCUUCCAGGAAGGCUAAAAGGACAUCACACCUUACCAAGAACGGUCAGAUCAGCUCUCUGAGUGGCUGCUUCACUUGCCAUGCUUUCUAGUGUCAUGUAAUUUAAGAACUGAGGAUCAGGACCUAAAGCAAUUCUUUGUGUUAUCAACACGCUCGUGUUGACUUAGCGAAGUUCUGAGAUUUAAAGAAAAAUGAUCCUGAAGAUGGAAACUAUCACCCUUGAAUUUUCACAAUAUGGUGCUGCUACAAUGGGGACCAAUGACCAUGCACUAUCAUGAUAUAGAUUUCUACAGUUCUGCUUGGUGUUAGUUUCGAUUCUGCCAGGGGGACAAGAGAAAACGGUGCCACGAAGUAAGGGUGGAAUUCUUACGCACACAUCCCAUGUGCCUGACUGAUAUCUUAGUAUAAUGAUAAGUGAUAAGAUUCUCCUUUAUCAUUACCCAUUGGUCCAUUACCAACAUUCUGGAUGCUAUGCGUUUGUGUCUGAUGGUACCAAAGCAGGUAUGGAUCAUAUGUUCUGGAAUUCCAAAGGAUAUGAAAGGCAAUAUUUUACUAAGAGGGAAUACGGUGCCUUACUGUGAUUCAGGCUUGAAGACCCUAAUGGACUAUGGAAGGGAACCGAGAAGAAUGUAACAGUUGCAGCUUCGCGCAUAUGAAUUUUGCAUGAAAUUCAUGGCGGUUUGAGAAGUUUGCAUGAAUACAUAUGAAUUUUGCAUGAAUUUCAUGGCGAUUUCAGAAGAUUUUUGGAUGCUCCUUUCCACUUUCCGUUCAGAUGUUUCUUGUUAUUCCUACUGUGACACACGAGGCUUACUGAAUGUUGAUAUUGUCAUCUCUGCUCCAACCUCAAAGAAAAAGGUGGCCUGAGAUUGUUGUAGCAGAAAACUCUGAAAUGUGUUUUGACAUCAUUUUUUUCCCUUUUUCAUUCACAGAUUUAGAUGGCAUACUUUAUAAUAUCAUGUGUACCUUUUUGCCUGCACGGAUAAGAUACUUUGACGUGAACUAAUCCGUUGUCUGGCGUGCCUCUCUACGUGGUCGAGUGAUCAAUUGUGAUCCCCUUUUUCUUCUGGAUUAUGAUAAUCUAACCAAAUUC